GUGCUCGCGCGACAUGCCAGCUGCAUCCCUUUCAGUUUUUCGGUUUAUUUCUUUUCGCACUUCAGCUUUCUCUCAACAUCUGCUUUGCAUGUCCCCCCCUCUUUCCCCCAACCCAUCCGCUUAAAUUCAGCUUCUCUCUCUGCAGCGUUCUCAUCCAUCUGCGGAUGGAUAGAGCUGCCGGAGCGAUAAAGCAGCUGGCUGCAGAACGUGGACUUCAGGCCUGCAUGUGGUGCAUGAAGUGCAUUGGUCUGAAAUAAGGUGUCAAGUCUGAUCUUUCACAUUUGUUUUGAUGGCAGCCGCUGAGCUCGGUUAACUGUGGGAGUGCAGGAAUGAUGAGUGAGGGCGACCAAAGAAGAACAACAGCUGAUGUUCCAGCUAAGAACAUUUCUCCUGACAAGCGCGUAGCUUCACGUAGCUUCACGUAUCCAAAGCUCAGAUAUCGAAAGUUGUUCUUUCUUUAAAACUGUCAAAGUGCUGCUUAGGGACAAAAAGUAAUUGUAAAACUUUCUCAAACAGCAUUAAUUUGGACAAAGAAUGUUUUGGAAUAUCGAAGAAGAAGGAAACAGGUCUUUAUUGCUCAGCAAGGCGUGGUUGCCUUUACCGCAGCGUAAAGCUUUUAAAUAGCUGGAUCUGUGCUGCUUUAUUACUUCAGGCUGGCUUUGAUUGCGUCCUCCACAUACGCUGCUGACUUACUCACACAUUAAUCCUACUGGAGGAGAUGCUAAAGUGGAAUACCCGCCCUCACCCAGUGGUGAAGUAAAUUUGUGAGCAUUCCAAGGUGUUCGAUGCCAGUUCUGCUUCACAUGCCAAGAUGCUUAACUGUGUUGUAGGCGUACAAAGCACUAAAUGCCUAACAUUUUCCAACAUGCCUCAGUGCUGUAUUCUGUGUACUGCAGGACUAAAGACAGUUAACCUUAACAGUUAACACCCACUAAGGUGUCCAGGCUCUCCCCUAGAGAUAGGGUGAGGAGUUCGGCCAUUCAGGACAGGCGGCGAGCAGCGCCGCUACGCCAUCAUCUGACUGCCUCCUGGAGUCCUGGGAGGACACCAUGAACCAGGGGUGGGACCUCCAGGCCUCGAGGGCCGCUGUCCUGCAGGUUUUAGAUGUGCCCUUCAUCCAACACAGUUGAUUUAAAUCACAAGGUGGCCUUAAUUCUGUUUUUUAUUCAAUAUGAUCCCAAAUACAUGACCAUAGGCUCAGCAGAAAAGUCUUUACUGAGGUCAAGUCAGAAAGCCGUUUUCCCAUCGCUCCCAAGGCUUUUUCUCCAGUGGUAUCGCCCCCUGGUGGUCUUUAUAAAGAAGGGGAGUUUGAGGCUAUUCCACAUUGACGUCACCUUUGAGAUGUAGAAGCUGUGUCCAUCACUGUGUGUGGAAGAGACCCCGGGACAGACCCCGAUGAUGUCUCUCGACUGGCUGGGGAACAUCUCAGCGUCUCCCAGAGGAGCUGCUGAACCUGUUUCACCACAAAUCACACAGGUGGCAGAAAAUGGUUGAAUUUUUCUUUUUGUUCUCUAAAAUCUAGUAAAAUCAACAGUUUUGGAGUUCGGGGUGGGAGUUAUCACCAGUAAUGACCUCAAAGGGUUCAGUUAUUGGACCAGUGUGGAAAGUGUAUGUUUUAUAGUGUUUUGGCCCCACAGCACCUGUUUAUUUUUACUUCCUGCAUUAACGUUCGGUUCCUGAAACUCACUAACGUGUCUCUGUGAACAACAGGAUGUGGAGUAAUUGCUAGUCAAGUUCAUCUGAAUCUGCAUGGGCUCACCUCCCUGUGGCCAAAUGAGUGUUUCUGAUAGGCAGCAUGUGACGUGAGUAAAGUCAGCGCUGGCGUCUAAGAGGUUAAACACUGGAGCGAAGCAGAGGGAGAAAACAGAGCGGGCUAACCCAACUGCAACUCUUUCUUCUUUUGUUUCACAUAAACAUGGACCCAGCCUCCUUCCCUGUUUCUCUCUCUCUAGUCUCCUCAUAUGUUUCUAUUUAAGGCCAGCAGUGCCGACUGCUAUGAUUGGUGUGCUCACCCCCCCUCAGACUCCCCCGUCCAACGGCUGGCUCCCAGAGGCAGCGGAGGGGAGGCCUUUCCUCUCAACCGCACUGUUGAUUUUCCACAGGGAAACUUCACCAUUCCUCCACUCAUUCGCUCCCCAGCCUUCCCUUCAGACCGUUAGCAGCUCCGCUGUUUCUCCUUUUUCUUUCCCCCCUUUUUCUCUCUCUUUCCUUUUUGGAUUUGGGAGUUUGCCUCGGGUCAUGGAUCCUCUGUAGAUGUGAGAUGGAGCCCCUACAAACUUCUCCCUCCGCUUCUUCGCUUGUGUUUUGACUCCUUCCGAUGCUCCUCGGUCUUUCGCUGCGGGCCAAGGGUCGACUCAGCUGUAUGGCCACACGUUUGGGACUAUGCAGCCAAGUCGCGAGGUCGCAUUCUGAUUGGGCAGGGACGCACAGCGGCGGGGAGCGGGGUUCGGCCGAUGGAGACGUACCGGGCGCGCGGCGGCAGUGCGGGAUUGACAGCUCGGAGCCCAUGGUGCUGGAGCAGUACGUGGCCGUGGCCAACUACGAGCGGCAGGAGAACUCUGAGAUCAGCCUGAAGGCCGGCGAGACGGUGGACGUGAUCGAGAAGAGCGAAAGCGGUUGGUGGUUCGUCAGCACAGCGGAGGAGCAGGGCUGGGUCCCGGCCACAUACCUCGACUCACAAAAUGGAACCAGAGACGAUUUGGAUCUGGGCACGUCCAGGACUGUCGAAGUUACUAAGAGACGCAAAGCCCACCUGAAGAGGCUGGACCGCCGCUGGACCCUCGGCGGUAUAGUUAACCGCCAGCAGAGCAGAGAGGAGAAAUAUGUGACGAUCCAGCCGUACACCAGUCAAGGAAAAGACGAGGUGAGCUUUGAGAAAGGGGUCACCGUGGAGGUCAUCCAAAAGAACCUGGAGGGCUGGUGGUACAUCAGGUAUUUAGGGAAAGAGGGCUGGGCCCCGGCCUCCUACUUGAAGAAGAUUAAAGAGGAUUUCUCCCCACGGAAGAAGACGCUGACGGGCCCCGUGGAGAUCAUCGGAAACAUCAUGGAGAUCAGCAACCUGCUGCAAAAGAAGUCUGUUAGUGAGAAGGACAUCCAGACAGACGGAGAGGGCGGCACCACACCGGAACGCCAUUUCUCCAAGAGCGAGAUCAGCCUGCCGAUGCCGUCCGAAAUCAACGCCGCGACAGGCCGCAGACUGAGCGCGGGCCGGGACACCAACAGCCCGUGUCUUGGAAUAGCGGCGAGUGCCGCCCUGAAUGAGAAUAAAGCGAGAGGUGAGCCGGGCUCCCCGGCUGUUGCAAGAGUGGCACCGCACAGAGUGGAAAUCGGAUUCGACGCUGUAGGGUCUCCUAAUCUGCGGCAAAAACCUCCCCCGAGAAGAGACACCAACUUGGGUUUCCAGUUACCCAAGCCACCAGAGCCCCCUGCUGUGGAAGCAGAGUAUUACACUAUAGCAGAUUUCCAGUCCUCGAUCUCUGAUGGCAUCAGUUUCCGUGGAGGACAAAAGGCUGAUGUAAUAGAGAAGAAUCCUGGAGGCUGGUGGUACGUGCAGAUUGGGGAGAUGGAGGGCUGGGCCCCCUGCUCCUACAUCGACAAGCGUAAAAAGCCCAACCUCAGUCGUAGGUCCAGCACACUGACCCGCCCCAAAGUCCCUCCUCCAGCUCCACCUGUCAAAAAACAAGAAUCUGAGGAGGCUCCGCCUUCUGCUAACUCUUCCUCCAAAACCACAGAGGUGCCUAGCAGGGCUGUGUACGAAGAACCUGAAUAUGAUAUUCCUGCAGUCGGAUGCGAAAGUGAGCCUGAACCGGAUCCUCUGAAGGACGAGCGUUCUCGCGAUGUGAAGAUCAACAGUGUGGUCAGCGACAAGUACAGCAGCUCCCCUUCAUCAUGCAAGGCCUCACCUCCUGUCUGCAAGGCCUCCCCUCCUUCUUGCAAAGCCUCCCCUCCCGUCUGCAAGGCCUCCCCUCCCGUCUGCAAGGCCUCCCCUCCUUCUUGCAAAGCCUCCCCUCCCGUCUGCAAGGCCUCCCCUCCUUCCUGCAAGGCCUCCCCUCCUGUUUGCAAGGCAUCUCCUGUUUUCACCCAUCGAAGAACCUCCUUCAGGUCUGUAGAGGAGGUUGCUAAGGAGGAGUGUAUCUAUGAGAAUGAUGGCUUCAGGCCGAGCAGCAGUGUUGAAGGAACCCUGACUAAAGGUUCCAGUGAGCCUAACUCCCCACGGAGCUACCAUUCCUCCACAGUCCCGAGAAAACCCUCCGGAUCUUCGCCUUUACCUGGCAGGCCCAUGAAAACCAUGACACCAGAGAUGAGUCGGAGAAGCCAGACCCUGGGCAGACACAUAGAUAUCAGCUUCAGAUCCCAGGAUAACAGCCCUCACUCGUCAUCAGAUGAAUUGAGCAGAGGCUCCAAGAAAGGCCCUGUCUUCAACCGGGAGGUGGAGCAGAGAAUAGGCCAGAGCCCCUCCACCAGGUCCAAGCCUUCCGUCAGACCUAAACCCCUUUUGACCAAAUCAGAGCCCCAGAGUCCAGAGAGGAUGGACAUCACCUCUCUGAGACGACAGCUGAGGCCUACGAGUCAGUUUAGACAUAGCCUCAAACCUUCUCGUGGGGAGGACUCUGAAACAGCUUCUGUAAUAUCAUCAGAGGACUCGGUGUGUUCACGCAGUACCUCAGAUCUUUCCUCUGUUUACUCCAAAGGAAGCCGCGGUGACUCCGAUGUAGAGGGCCCCAAUCUCUACCGCUCCGUGGAUGCCUAUAAGAAAGUCCAGGACUCUGAGAUCAGUUUUCCAGCUGGGGCUGAGGUGGAGGUUUUGGAGAAACAGGAGAGUGGUUGGUGGUACAUCUGUUGGGGCUCUGAAGAAGGCUGGGCGCCCUCAUACUACCUGGAACCUGUCAGACAAAUGGGCGACGGUGGUGGUUUAGAUGGACACGGGAGUGGUGGGAGUAAGUCCAACAGCCUGGAGAAGAAUGAACAGCAUGUUUUGGCCCUCAAUAACAUUAAUAUUCAGGGCCUGACGCAGCAGCAUCAAGGCUUGAGGAGGAACUCUCCACCGAUUCCUUCCAAGCCUCCCGGCGGCUUCUCGAAGCCAUCUGGGAUGGUUAAUGGAGGCGUAAGGAUGAGGAACGGGGUACGCCAGGUGGCGGUGAGGCCUCAGUCUGUAUUUGUCACCACUACCCAGCCAGCCAAGGACACGCACUACACAACAGGGUCCUUGAGACGGAAUGAGUCACUGGGCAGGAGCGAUCACUAUGGUUCUGGUUCUGCCACUCUUGGAGUUCGCCGAAAUGCCUCAUUCAGCACCGUGCGGCCACACGUAGUUGUUGAAAGCCAAACAAGGCCUGCCGAACGCUCCAGUCUGUCUUCGGGGAGCGCGUUCAGCACAAGCAAUGUCCAAGACGCCCUGAGCAGAGUUAACCAACGCAACGGUAUCCCCGUGUCCACGGUCAGACCCAAGCCCUUGGAGAAGAGCCAGCUGAUCCACAACAACCUUGGCAGGGAUGUGUAUGUGUCCAUUGCUGAUUACCGUGGCGAUGAGGAGACCAUGGGGUUCACAGAGGGAACCUGUCUGGAGGUGUUGGAGAGAAACCCCAAUGGAUGGUGGUACUGCCAGGUGCAGGACAGCCUGGUUCCCCGCAAAGGCUGGGUCCCCUCUAACUACCUUGAGCGGAAAAAAUAAAGGCAAGCCUACAUCCGUAGCCACGCCCACCCCCAACCCCCACACCCCGCUCUAGGCCCUUGGGCGGCGGCAUCACUCCUUGAGAAUGUUACCCGCAAUCUCCCUUAAGCAAUAUGUCCUUGAAAAUUUACAUAAGGUCAGACUGUGUAAAGAGAAAGAUGUUUUAAUCUGAUAAAGAAGGACACUUUUAGUGCUGGUUUACUAAAAUUUAUACGAAAGGAGUGGGAAGAUUUUCAGUAUUUUACCUAGGAAGGAGAGACAAAGAUGGAAUUGGCCACACUGGUUGAGGAAGUUCGAGGUGGAUGCUGUGUCUGACAUGGAAAAUGGUCUAACUGGGAGCGAUGACCUCUUAAAGAGGUUUGUGUCAUGUAACACAGAAGUGGAGAAGAGUAGUGGCUACGCUCAUCCUGCCCAUCACUGACUACGAUGGCCAAUAAGUGCCUUUUGUAUUUGGUCACCUGAACGAAGGUCCUAAAUGGUGGAUGGCAAACCAGUAAAUCAACCAAAUCUUUACAGAGUGCCAUAGUCCUAUGAACACCACCGAGAGCGUUUCUAUACAAAGUUACGAGUUCGAAGCGCAAAGUUUGGAUUUAGACGUCUUCAGUUCGAUGCGCAGAUUAAAGAAAGAAAAGCACGACUGAAGGGACUCAAGUUCCCAGAGGAUUUAUUUGUUUUAAGCCACAAAGUCACCAAACAAAGACGAUAGUUGAAUCUCAUCAUCACUACUUUAGUUUGUUUCUGUUAACGUGUCUCGUGUUGAUACAAGUCUUCCUUAGAGAAUUAUUUCUGCUUUCUUGUGACAUCUGUUUUCCACCGACAGCCUUGAAUUGGACGAGUCAAAGCUCGACUCUGGCAGAAUAGACGGCUGACGCUCGGUUUCUGUAAACAGUUUCUAUCAAAGAUACCACAGAAAUAUCUUAGUGUCAUUUGUCCUGGAUGUAGUCAUCUGGGAGAACAAAUUUAUUUUAAAAAAACAAACAAAAACCAAAAAAAACCAACAAACCUGUGAAACUUGAAAAAUACAGAACAAGCAGCGGAACAAUGAGACCUCAUACAAGCGUAAAGGAUAACCUCAUUUCACAGAGAUGUUUUUAGCUCCAGGAACAAAUGAUUUUGUGUAUAUUUUGUUGUCAUAAUGCAGCUAUCGCGGUGAUAAAUUACUGGAAACGUAGUGAAAUAACUUUAAUCCAGGGGUUUAGUUGAAUAGAUUAGUGGCCAAAAUGUGAACCAAAGAGAGAGAUCACUUCAUUGGCAGUUUUGGGGAUUUUACUGUUUACUUACGGUACAAAUGGUAACACACUUUCACCAAAUUGCCUAAAACGAGGUUUCUAAACUGACGUUUUCUAUCAAUAUCUGGAAGCACUUGAUUUUUAAUAGAGGCAGGAAGUGAACAGUUAAUUGUAAUAUCAGAUAUUGCUGUGCAGUAUUGGGAUUUAAACAGAGACUAGAGUAGGUAUUUUAUUGGUAUUAGCAACUGUUUGAAAUGUGACGAUAGAAUUAAUUCUUCCAAAAGGAGUCAAAGUUCAAAAUUCUGAUGGCUGAUGUUCAAGACUGCUGAAAUACAUUUUCUAACGAACACGAACUUCUCAUUAUGUUUCUGCUGGACAGUAUCAUAGUAUUAAACAAAGUGCAGUACCUGCUAGAUCGCAGUUAUCUAUUUUAACAAAACCAUAUUUGUUUCUGUCGUCUCUGUGAUCGCACACCGACAAUAACGAGGAACGAAGUGGUUCUGUUUUGUGAGUUAGUGCACUUUAAAAACUGUUUUUAUGGUGCAUUAAUGUAAAGAUGCAGUAAAUACUCAGCAUGUUAUUUAUUGAAUGUGUUUUUUUGUAAUUAUUUAAUUAUGAAUGAGUUCUGCUCUCAGUGACAGGGAUUUGGUCAAAUUGGAGACCUCUUGUGGAAAGUGAAAGGUACUACAACGUGUCUUUCCUGCCGUCCUACCUCAGUGCAAUAAGAAAUGCGCUGCUGGUCAGUGAGUCUCCACAAAAACGGUUUUGAUUUUUUAAUCUUAGUGCAGCUAAAACUGUUUUAUAGCACAUUUUGUUUCGCAUUGGGCAAUAAUUUAGUUUCUGAAAAUUUAGUGAUUUUUUUCUCGAUGCUGUUUGCUGCAACUUUAGCAAAUCAUGGGCACUUCCUUCAUCUUUAUUGUGCUUUACAUAAUGCCUGAUUAAAGCAUAUUUAUAAUGAAUAGUAUUAUUAUUUUCACAGUUUGGAAAGCUCCGUUCCCCCUCAUUCAAACAGAAACCAUCAGCGUGUCCUGUGAUGGUGAUAAAAUCAUGUAUGGACCUAUAAAUAAAACCAGUAACAGUCUGGAUGCUGACAGGCCCCAUCCUUUGAGACGAAGGCAUUAUGUAAAUGUGUCGAAUCACUCUAAACAUUUCGCUCCAGCACAUUUAUUAUUAUUAUUAUUAUUAUUAUUGCAUAUCGCUUUGUUUGAUUGAGCUGAACUUACUUGCAAGGGAAUCGUUCUGUGUCGAGCCUGCGAUUAGCUGUGUAGCAUUGAUCUUUAUUCAUGCUUUUACUUCUUUUUUCUUAUUUCCUCUUUGUUUUCUUUCAUUCUGAACCCACGAGGAAAUGUGCAAUAGAUUAAAAAAAGAAGAAGAAAAAAGACAAAAACACUUCAUGCUUCAGUGAAAGGAGGAAGAUCAUAGUGGGACGGCCGGGAGUAGAUAUUCCCGGUCAGACUGCCGGUCACGAGGCUUUUGUCGUCUUUUCCAGUGUGUCAUGUUUAAGUCUGUUUUCAGAGAGCAGGUGUGUGAGGUCCUGACGUCAGAGCACUCAUCGGACCAAAGCAGUGACGCGUCAUCAUCUGCGAUGUGAUGGACUAACAUGAGGAAGUCUGCUCCCGCGACCUCCGUCAGCCGUGGACGGAGAAGUCCGCUGACCCAUCCUGUAGUGACAUUACAGCCAUCUGGGAUCUUCGUCACAGACGUAGAGUCACUGGCCCAUCAUCAUCAUCAUCGGGGGCUCUCAGCUGUCACGUUUGUGCCUGAAUGGAAUUCUUUGAUUGUUUCUGUGUUGUUGUUUUCUUCUUCCUCUGGACUGUGUCCUCUCCCCACCUACGUGGAUGCCUCUUUUGACAUUUACCCCCACGGCUGUGAGACCAAGUCGGGCCUUUUCGUCAGCAAUCACCGUAACGUUGUUGACCUUUGGGACCGCCGGCUGGCGAUGUGACGUCGACGCCAGCGUCUCGGCGGUAAACAAAACACCGGGGAGACGAACGCUCCUUCAGGCCUUUUCAGUUCAAUCCAUCAACUUCCAGGAUAAACACCAAAAAUAGAAAAUCCUGUUUUUCCCCCCCACGCUGUCUUUGCAGAGAGCUCUGCCACAGGUGAACGCGCGAUCGUGCUGUUCGUAGAGGCCGACGCGCCUCGAGCCCGACGCGCCUCGAGCCCGGUCCUUUUUGGGGGGGUCGGCUGACUUUGUGUUUAACUCCACGUUUAAGGGAAAAAUUCCCUAAUUCGCUUUGUUGCUGAGAGAUUCGCACAGAUUUUUGAAACUGGUUUUCAGUCAGAAGCUGGAAGCCAGUUCUGAAACCUUAUAACUGUCACUGCUGACCGCAGAACAGACACGCGCGUCUGUGAGCUGUCUGAAUGUUUUCAGCCCGUUGCCUCUGCUCACGUUGGUUUUCUGACUUUUAGACUAAGAAACACAAAAACUGAAAGUGCAAAGAGCUCAAAGCUGACAGCUCCGAAACUCCCAGAUCAACAUUUGUUUGUUGAAGAUGAGAUUUGUCAGCAGGUCACUGUACGUGGACAAGAAAUAGUCCCUUUAAAUCCCUCACUAGGGCAAUAUGGCCAAAAAUAUUUAUCAGGAUAUAUAUUUGAAAAUUUGCGAUAACGAUAUAAUUGACACAAGGCAAAAUACUUUACAGCUCCACAACUUUGAUGGUUUUUUUGCACGAAUAAUGUAUUUUCACUUAAACAAGCGGCUUUUUUUUAUGUGCAUUAAAGUUAUAUAAAGAUUUAACAGCAAAUGCAAAUUCCUCACUGACAGUUUAACCAAAAAGCAUUUCCUGUGGAAACUGGCUGACAUAUCCUCAGCAUAACCAUGUAUAAUAUCCACAAAACUUAAAAAGAGGUUAUACACACACAGUACGGUAAUAUUAUGUUGAAGCACAGUACGUAUCACUCCGCGAGGCUCCUGCCUACGAUAGCCGUGAUGCUCCGACAAUCCAUCAGGCUGUGCGGCUUCGUAGGUUAGUGAAGUCGUACUAAAACAUUUAUGACA